GAAGGUCAAAAUGAAAAUCUCUUUGAUUUACCAAAACUUGAUAACGAUAAUGGUAAAAUAAAAAAGAAAAUGAAAAAUGGAAAUAAAUCUAAGGAGAAGAAGAAAAAACAGAAGGAGAAGAAAAAAGUAAAUUUGAAGUUUACAGUAUUAUCUUGUUUUGCCAAGCAAUUUUUUAUGCUUUUUCAUUCACUGAUUCAGAAAAAAAGAGAUUCAAGUGAUAGCGAAGAGGAAUGGGUAGAAGUUACAGCUGAAAUGAGGCAAGCUGAGGCAGCUAGAGAAAAGAUGGAAGAAGCGUCAAUGAUUGGUCCCACAAUUCCGGAACAUCUUCUUCAAAAAGAAUUUGUUAUUGAUCACUCGAAAAAAAUCAAUUAUGGUAAAGAUAUGUUACGAGGAGAAGCAGCUGCGAUGGCGGCUUACGUUGCACAAGGUAAGAGAAUUCCGAGGCGCGGUGAAAUUGGCUUGUCUUCUGUAGAAAUAUCGGAAUUUGAGAAAAUAGGUUAUGUUAUGAGUGGAACAAGACAUAAAAGUAUGGAAGCUACACGUUUACGAAAGGAAAAUCAGGUUAUGACCGCGGAGGAAAAACGACUUUUAAGUGGAUUCACACAUGAGGAGAGGAAAAAGAAAGAAGAAAUUGUGCUUCAGCAAUUCCGAAGUUUUAUAGAGUCUAAGAAGGGCAAAAGCUAA